GUCGGCCACGCGGCCCAGGCAUACGGCCAGCGGCUUGGCCUCGCUGCGGCCCUUGAGGCGGUACACUGCGUCCAGUGCCGUCGAACAGCUCGCCGAGCAGGCCAGGCCGUACAGCGUGUCGGUGGGGACAGCCACCACGGCGCCGGCGCGCAGCUCGGCCACGGCGGCCCGCAGCGCCUCGGUCCAGCCAGCGCGCUCGGGGCUUGCGGCCCGCACGGCCCCAUUCCCCGGAAGCCGCAACAGUCGGGCCCCCGGCGCCGCUAGAGCCGGGCUCGGCGGGCGGAGAAGGCGUCCGCUGCGAGCGGAGCCCGUCGGCCCCUCGCCCAACCCUAUGCUGGCAGCCACUGCGGCCCUCAGCCCCGUGCACGGUCGCGCAGGAGACAUCCGCCCAGGCCUGCUUCCGGGAGGAAGUGACGCAUAUAAUCAGUUUCCGGUCCGGGAGGCUGGGCCCCACCUCCGCGCCGGGCAGCUUAAAGGGACCGCGACCCCCAGGAGGAUUGAAGGAGACCGGGAGGCUGCCGGCGUGGACCGCGGGAAGGCGGGGCUGGGGCUCGGCGGGAGGCCACCCCCGCAGCCGCCCCGGGAUGAGCGCGCCCAGCAGCUGCUGGACGCGGUGGAGCAGAGGCAGCGGCAGCUCCUGGACACCAUCGCCGCCUGCGAGGAGAUGCUGCGGCAGCUGGGCCGCCGGCGCCCGGAGCCGGCUGGUGGCGGGAACGUCUCAGCCAAACCCGGAGCGCCCCCCCAGUCAGCCGUCUCCACCAGAGGUGUCUUUCCAAAGGAUGCUGGUGAUGGAGCUGCGGAACCUUGAUCAUCCCCGAGCUGGGCACCCUGACUUUUCUCCCUCCCCAGGGCUGGUGGCUGGACUCUGAAUAACUCCCUUCAGUAAAGGGGCCAGUCUUCACUGAGUGUGGCUGAUACUUGGCCCUCAGCCUGGGGUGGCAGCUCUGCUAGCAGCUGGGUUCACUCCUACUUUAUCCUGGCUGAAGGCAGUGCUGGGCUUUGAAAUGUAGCCAAUGAAUACCCAGUCAGAUUACUCGGAUUUGGGCUGACCGGCAGUGCUCGCCAGAGUGGUCUGGCCUGCUUUGGGGGUUCCAGGUGGUAUUACAUGUCCAUUUCAUGCUUUGGGGGCUCUUAGCCCCACAAAACACUUUGAGCAGAGCCUUGAUUAAAAGGAAACCUGCAGACUC